AUGAGAAAGGUAUUGGAUCCUCUCACUGGAAAUUGGCGCUCUAUGGCCAGCAUGGGAACCAAUAUGGCAUCUUAUGAUGCAGCAGUUCUCAACGGGAAGCUUCUCGUCAAGGAAGGCUGGUUAUGGCCCUUUUAUGUCUCUCCAAGGGGACAAGUCUAUGAUCCCAGAACAGAUAAUUGGGAAAACAUGGCUGUUGGACUUAGAAAAGGCUGGACCGGUUCAAGUGUCGUUGUUUAUGGCCACUUGUUUGUUGUCUCUGAGCUCGAAAGAUUGAAGCUAAAGGUCUAUGACACGGAAACAGACUCCUGGGAUGCCAUAAAUGGCCCCCCUUUGCCUGAGCAAAUAUGCAAGCCUUUUGCUGUCAAUGCUUGCGAUUGCCAUAUUUAUGUCGUGGGCCGAAAUCUUCAUGUUGCUGUUGGUCAUAUCUCUAGACUGCUUCCAGACGAAAAUUCUGACGAAAAAUGGAGCUUCAGUGUUCGAUGGCAUGUAAUCGAUGCACCGGAGAGUUUAUCUGUUCUCACUCCUUCAAGCUCUCAGGUGAUAACUGGAAGUGCUGAAUUUGCUGCUUCUGGAUUUGGUGAAGUAUUGUUGAUUGGAAAUGCAGAAGGGGAUUAA